AUGCUUCUACUAGCUGUUGCUGCCAAGCUCCCCGGCCUCCUCUUUUGUGGUGGUCAGAUUGGGCAAGGCGAGAUCAAAGCGGCCACCUUAACGGCAUUGACCAACCUCAAGGCUGUUCUCGAACUCGGAGGCUCGACUUUGGAGGAUGUCGCCAAGGUCAACAUCUUCCUCAAGAACAUGGACGACUUUGAGGCCAUGAACUCGGUCUACACCACCUUCAUGCCCACGCCCAAACCCGCGCGGACAUGUAUCCAGGCCGGCCGAUUGCCCGGUGGUGAGACGACUGCUAUUGAGAUUGAGUGCAUUGCCCGGGCUUAA